CACACCAUCUGAAUCCGUUCGGAACUGAUUAACGAAAGUGUCGCCGAACGAGACGAGAUGCUGUUGCCUUCUCAAUACCCCUACUUCACUUGACAUGAUGGAGGCGGCGGAGAUAGUCUCCAACGAGGCAGGACCAUCCAAUGCCGCUGAUCGGUCUACACAGCACGGGUCAAAAGCCAAGCGGAGGAAACUUGCACCUCCCGGUCUACCCCGGACACAACCGUUCUUGGGUCCAGACGGCACCUUCGUUGUUGGGGGCUCGACUGGACCGACUGCCCCGCUGAAACCACUCCAAGGGGUCAAAGUUCGUAGGACAGAUAGCACACGCCCAGGGUACGGUCGACAAGUGGUAUUUGUGACUCGGAAAGUCUCCCUCGGAGCCCUCAUGGGGAGAUGUAGAGGUUUGUUAGUGGAUGAAGAGUACAAAUGCAUCACACUUCACGCCAUGUCUGCUGCUAUACCACAUGCUUUGAUCCUGCUUCAUUCGCUCUUGGACCUGCUUCCGUUUAGCCAACGAGCAUUAUGGUAUGAGAUACGGACAGGGAGCACAGAAUGUGUCGAUGAGGUCGAGGAGGAGAUGACUAUUGGGGCCAUCGAAGCGGCACCGUCGACUUUGGAGAAGAGAGUCAAGUCGACGAUCCAAAUCGACCUACACGUCGGAUCUAGACCUACCCCUCCGUCCUCCGAUCCCGCAAGUAAGAAGAGGACCGGCCGGAAUCGACCCGGGAAACAAGCUCGACAGUCUUUGAGGAAGGGAACACGAAGUGAGCAGGACGAAGAGGCACUGGUGAACAGCCGGGCGAUCCACGACCAAGACAUGUCGGAGGAAGAGGAAGAAGAAGAAGUGGAGCAUAAAUGAUACAGGGGGCUCACGGGCAAUCCACACGGCAUACC